UAGAGGUGGGAGGACAGAAGACCUGGAAAAACAGGCUCAUCACCAUUCAGAGGAUACAGUGCUCAGGAGGUAAACGGCAGAAGUGCAACAGAAAACAGUUGUUUGGAGAAAUCUGACUCUACAGACAAUGUGAUGGCUAUGUAUACAUCAUACGUGAAUAUAUAAAGAAAACAAGAAAGAGAGACACUGAUCCAUGACUGGAGGGACUUGUCUGAAAAAAAAUAUCUCACCCAUCUCAUCUGCCACUACUCUGGGCUUCCUGCUCAACACCCUGGAGAGGCCAUGAGGAGUCUACUCGUACUGUCUGGACUAGCUUUUUUGGUUUUGUCUGAAGGGAAAGGACAUAGACCACACUACAAACAAAGGAGGCAUAAGAGAGAGUGGGUCAUCGCACCUAAGACUCUGACUGAGAAUGAGGAUCACAGAGACUUGCCAUUUGUGGCCAAAAUCCGAUCAGACCGAGACGACGGCCUCCCUGUAUACUACUACCUGAAAGGGCCUGGCGCUGAUCAGAACCCAGUAAACCUAUUUAUGGUCACCAAUGAUGGCAUGGUCAGGAUCACGGGGAUUCUGGACCGCGAAGUGCAGGCGGAAUACAACAUGACUGGUUAUGCAGCCUUCAAAAAGAAUGAUUCUCUGGCUGAGGCCCCCAUUGCCGUAACAAUAAAGGUGCUGGACAAGAAUGACAACGCUCCAGUAUUUGAACCACUGCAACCUGUCAACAUCUAUGAGGAUAGCCCAGUAGGAUCAUUUGUGACACAAAUACACGCAACAGAUCGGGAUGAACCAGGAACACCCCACACCUCUAUUGCCUACAGUGUGGUGAAGCAGGAACCAGAUGAUGGCGGAAUCCAUUUCCAUGCAGACAAAACCAGUGGCAAGAUUUACGUCAAAUCUGAACUUGACAGAGAGACAGUCAGUUCCUACGUCCUCACUGUGCAGGCUACAGACAUGGGAGGUGAGCCAGGCGGUCUGUCAGGAACAGCCACCAUAAGGGUCCACAUUCUGGAUGUCAAUGACAACGUCCCCACACUAGAAAAGGAUGAGUUUUCAGUAAGUAUUGAUGAAAAUGUGGAAGGCGUUGAGGUAAUGCUCAUUAAAUCCUUUGACGAUGACCUGGUAGCCUCAGAUAAUUGGAAUGCUGAGUUUUACAUUGUGUCUGGAAAUGAGGACGAUUACUUCAGCAUUCACACCAAUCCCAGGACCAACGAGGGUGUGCUGAUGCUCAACAAGCCUGUUGACUUUGAGGAAGUACCAAACAUGAACCUGGGGCUUGUGGUGGUGAAUAAAGCACGCGAAGGAGCCAGGAUACCAAUUAAUGCUCAAGGAGGAGGUGGUGGAGGAGGAGGAGGAGGAGGAGGAGGUGGUGGAGGAGGUGGUGGAGGAGGUGGAGGAGGAGGAGGUGGUGGAGGAGGUGGUGGUGGAGCAGGAGGUGGAGGAGGUGGUGGUGCAGGAGGAGGGCCUGGGGGCACAGGUGGAGGUGGAGGGCCUGGUGGCACGUAUAAACAAUACCCAGUGAAGAUCAAUGUGAAAAACAAACCCGAUGGGCCAGUCUACCGACCAAGCACCAAGCCCAUUUCCUUACCAGAGGGCAACAAAAAGCUCCCCAGCCCCAAGAUCGUUGCCACUUUUCCUGCCUCGGAUGGAGAUACAGGAGAGCAGGCCACGAAUGUCAGAUAUGCAAAAGGUUACGACCCGGGAAACUGGUUCUCCAUUGAUGAGGAGACAGCUGAGGUCAUCCUCAUUAAGACUCCAGACCGGGAGUCUCCACAUGUGGUGAAUGGGGUCUACAUAGCCAAGAUUCUUUGCUUGACAAAUGAAAUGCCAACCCAGACAGCCACUGGUACCAUUGAAGUGCAUGUGGAGGACGUAAAUGACAACUGCCCCAGACUCAAGAGCAACGUGCAGUUCCUGUGCAGUGACACCAAGGUGGUGAACGUGACAGCAGAGGAUCUGGAUGGACACCCUUACGGCCCUCCGUUGACGUUCACGUUGCUGGAUAAGGGCGUGGGGGUGCAAUGGAGGCUUGAGAGGACUGGAAAUGAUUCAAUAUCUCUCUGGGGUGAAGAUGGCAUUUGGCCUGGGUACUAUGACGUCAAAUUCGAGAUACGAGACCAACAGGGAUUGGCCUGUCCUAAAACACAAGUCCUCCACUUGGAGGUGUGCACCUGCGAAGGAGGUGUGACUUCCUGUAAUCCAAGAAUUAAGCAGGAGCAGUUAGGAGGGGCGUCCAUCAGAAAGUCAUCCCAACUGGGGGGAGCUGCAAUGGGAGCACUACUCUUUGGCGUCCUUACACUACUGUUGAUCCCACUAUUGGCUCUGUACUGUACCUGCGCUGGAGCCACAGGCUUCACUGAGCUGCCCUUCGAUGCCAAGACUCAUCUCAUAUCGUACCACACGGAGGGAAAGGGAGAGGACAGGGAGGUUCCUCUGGCGAGUAUUCCGGUACAGAUCUCCAAAGAUGUUUCAGUCUUCAGAAACAUGCCAACUGUGACGAGCAGCCCGGUGCAGAUGCAGGAGAGCGUCUACAAUCACUAUGAUCAGCAAGACAUAGUGGACAUGGACUACAGUGCCCAUGGGGAGGUGCUGUCAUAUUUGCAGGAGAUGAGGGAGAUGAGAGAGGAGGACCAGCUCACAUUCACAGCACUACCAGACUCACUUCUGGACAACUACUUCUCACAGAAAGCCGAGUUUACAGCGGUGGGUUCUUAUCAGAAGGACACUUUGCUGGAGUACUGCUAUGAGGGACAUGGAUCUCCCACUGGCUCUGUGGGUAGCUGCAGCCUCCUCGGGGCUGACGACGACCUCCAGUUCCUCGACGACCUGGGUUCAAAGUUCACCUACCUCGCCGAGAUCUGUGGAUACUCCAGAGAAACAAGCCCAAAAGUGACCCAAGAGAUCACACCUCCCACGACAGAGGUGGACAACAGUGUCACCAUGGCAACCAAUGUUAAACAACAGAGGAGCAUCAGCUUCGUGGAGAAACACAUUCCACCCCCACUUCCCAGCAUGCACCUACGCGAGACCGUUGCCGUGCCGACCCAGACUGUGCUGGUGCAGCAGCAGCAGCCCCUGUACUACAUGGUGGAGCCGCAGCAGGUCCAGAGCACAGUGCUGCUGGCUGAGAGGCCCCAAGUGGGUCUGGGUCGGGGAAUGAUCCUGGUCAACGGGAGUCAGACAGCCACAGAAGGGACGCUGCUGCAGGGGGGAGGCCUGGUGCAGGGAGCCCAGGGGCUGGUGAUGGCCCAGGGGGGUCAGGGAUUGGUGUUACAGCAGGGUGGGCACGUUCAGGGUGGUCAGGGUUUGGUGUUGCAGGAGGGUGGGCACAUUCAGAUUGGUCAGGGUUUGGUGUUACAGCAGGAUGGGCAUGUUCAGGGUGGUCAGGGUUUGGUGUUGCAGGAGGGUGGCCAUAUUCAGGGUGGUCAGGGUUUGGUGUUACAGCAGGGUGGUCAGGGUUUGGUGUUACAGCAGGGUGGUCAGGGUUUGGUGUUGCAGGAGGGUGGCCAUUUUCAGGGUGGUCAAGGUUUGGUGUUACAGCAGGGUGGUCAGGGUUUGGUGUUACAGCAGGGUGGUCAGGGUUUGGUGUUGCAGGAGGGUGGCCAUAUUCAGGGUGGUCAAGGUUUGGUGUUACAGCAGGGUGGUCAGGGUUUGGUGUUGCAGGAGGGUGGCCAUAUUCAGGGUGGUCAAGGUUUGGUGUUACAGCAGGGUGGGCAGGGUUUGGUGUUACAGCAGGGUGGCCAUAUUCAGGGAGUACAGGGGGUGAUCGUCCAGGGCUCGGGUGCUGCGCAGACUAAACGAAAAGGGAGUCUGGUUAUACCCCAGGGCGGGCACGUUCAGAAGGCUCAGGGGUUUGUGAUGUCCCAGGGUGGGUACAUUCAGGGGGGUCAGAGUUUGAUAAUGCAGCAGGGCGGGCACAUUCAGGGGGAACAGGGGAUUUAAUUUCAAAAUCAUCAACAUGCUCCUGGUUCCCCGGGGUCUACAGGCCUGUUUCUGGUAAACGGCGGCCAGGCAGACACAGUGGGAUUGGUCCAUCAAGGAGAUGGACUAGUGCAGACCUGGGUCUCCGGGCAUGUUUCUGAUGGACGGAAGACCAUUUAGCCCUGGAUCCCCUCUCCCCGAUGCAACAAAAACAGCGUUUUUUUGCAGAAGCCCAGACCUUACCCUCAAUGUCCAACUCUGCAGGGAGAUGAGCCACCCUCAUGAAUAGCUCCAUGCAGUGCUGGUGUUAGUGCGACAUCUUUCACCACAGUACUUAAACCAGCCCUAAAGGGGUUUACAAAGACACACAUUUAUUAUAUUAACAAGUUCAUUUAUCACUACACUUCUCAACUCUGAGGGACCCUGGGAGCAAAUCUUCUUUAGUGCUGCUCGUGAAAAAGAGAUGUUAUAUCUCAAUGAGACUAACCUGGUUAAAUAAAGGUUAUUUAUAAUAAUAAUAAUAAUAAUAAUAAUAAUAAUAAAUGACUAUUAUGCGAAGGGAACUGUGGUGCAACUGGUUACAGCCCCUGUAUCAUAUUUGGUUUCUCGCCCAUACCAUCUUGGGUUCAAAUCCAGCCCGGGUCAUUUCCUGUUCCCAUAUCUAUCCCACCCGCUUCCUGUCACUCUCCACCAUCCUGUCAGAUUAAAGGCAUAAAAGCCCCCAAAAAAUGUAUUUUUUUCAAAAAUCAUUAUAAAUACUGAUUGUCAGCGGGGCAUAUGAGUUUAGUGUGAGAUAUUCUCCUUGGUUUAAUGUGGUAGGUAUAUGUGUGCUGUAAUAUAGACUGUAUGUGACCAUUGAUAUGCUCAUGUCAUAUAUUGACUCUUGUAACGUCUUUUAAACAAAGGCUCAAUAUGUAAAUUUUGUUCAGGGUUUUUUAUGGGGUUUGCUUAGCAAUUAGCCGCUUCGCAAAUAGACGCUGACAUGAGUGUGCUAUCACUUGCCACAUACAUCAGAGCCGAAUUUCUUUACUGACGAGCAUCGACACGGCGGUGGUAAAGUUUGACGCUGGUGAGUAACUUAGUUCUGUAUGAAACAAGGUUUUUCUGGCUUGCUAAAACUGUAAAAAAUAAAUGUAAAUUUUAUGUUACAUUGUUGGUGGAAUGAGUUGCCCAGUGCUCUCCGCUCCUGUGAUAGUUUUGGGUUUUUUAAGAGGGGCCUAAAGGCAUAUCUGUUUAUCGUGCACCGUUAAUUAAACAUUUCUUAUGA